AUAACUCACUAUAAUAUUUAAUCGACAAGCUAAAUUGUCCAAGUACACACUACUUUAGUGAAAUUCUGGAAAUCAUCAAUUCAAUGGAUAUACGUGUGGUGAUAUUCGCGAUCGGGUUUAUAUCAGCUUGUAUUGAUACUGUCACGGCCAUAGAAUGGAAAAACCUAGGUACUCGUAUUUCGCAGUUUUUAAAUCAGAUAUUGUACAACAUAGGAUUUAAAUUGUAUCUACGUGACGAAAACAAAGAAAAUGAUAGAUUUGAAUCUGAUAUCGAAGAAAAAGAUUUAAACAUGACUGUAGAAUACGAUAACUUGCUUUGGAGGAACGAGAACAGAACUGUGGCUGAUGACAUACGAAUUAGAGUAAGCUUGCUCUGUUGGAUUAUGACUUAUCCACGGAAUCACAUGAGACAAGCGAUACACAUCAAAAGGACAUGGGGCAAAAGAUGCGAUAUAUUGCUUUUUAUGAGUACCGGGAAUGAUCAGCGAUUGCCAACGGUGAAACUGCAAACACAUGAAGGUAAAUUUAUGUUAUGGGGCAAGACCCAGGCGGCUAUGCGGUAUAUCUACACAAAUUAUCUGAACCAGGCGGAAUGGUUUUUGAAGGCUGAUGAUGACACAUAUGUCAUCGUCGAAAAUCUAAAAUACAUGUUGAAUGAUUACAAUACCAACGACCCAAUAUACUUUGGAUACAAAAUAAGAUUGGGCUCCACGAAAAAUGGCUACUUCAGUGGUGGAGCAAGUUACGUAUUGAGUAGAGAGGCACUAACCCGCUUAGUGUCCAAGGGUUUGGACCCCAAGUUAUGUAAUACUUCACCGAUCGGAUAUGCAGAAGACCUGGAUUUGACCCUAUGUCUAGAUAAACUUGGAGUAACACCUAUGGACUCGAGGGACGAGUACGAGAGAGGUCGAUUCUUUCCAUUUGUUCCAAAUCACCAUGUUGAUGCUACAAUUAAAAAAGACUAUUGGUUUUGGGUAUACAAUUACUAUCCACUCUCAACGGGACGUGAUUGCUGUUCGGAAUUCACCAUUUCCUUUCACUACAUAAACAGAAAUAUGAUGUACGUGUUGGAGUACUUUGUGUACCAUCUCAGGCCCUUCGGCGUCGUCUACGAAUAUCAUCAAAUUUAUAAUUGAGGAGCUUAUCUUAUUAAUCACCAUCAGCUUAAAAUAAUCACGUAGUUUUGUUGUGUUUCAGUGAUAUCAAACUAUUUGCAUUAUGAUGAAGCACUCUUAAAAUAAAUGUUGACAUGAAUUUCAUUUUGAAAAUUACCCAAAAUUUUGGUUUUUAAGCUGUAUUUAAGUUUUCAGUGAAAACCUUAUUACUGUAAUACUUUAUAAUUCAAAUA